UGUCAGAGUCCAUCAGAGCUGAGCUGCUUUCAGACGACUCCGUCUUGUUGUGGAUGCUGAAGCUGAUCAUGGUUCUCCUGUGGAUGAUCCUGUUGGUGCUUCUGCUCUGUGCAGAGGCCGAGAAGGUGACCGAGGUCAGAGGAGAGCUGGGGACCAAUGUCACUCUAACCUGCUCCAAUCAGACAUCAGACAGAUACUGGUACAUGGAGAUCCACAGUCAGUUCAGAGCAGGUAUCGGCCGCAGUUUUUCCUCAGCAGGCUCUACCUACUACUCUCCUGAUUUUGAAACAAAAUUUUCAAUCCUGGGAAACAAACUUGUGAUUAAAAACUUGACAGCAGAGGACUGCAGGCUUUACUUCUGUGGCAUCAAGAGAAAUGGUAGCACUCAGUUUGUGGAGAGUUUCAGCCUCGUCUCAGAUAUCUGUCCAACCCCUGACCCUGAGUGUGGAGUGUUGCAGAGGCAGACUUUCCUCGUCAGCUCAGUGAUCCUGAACUUUGUGCUCUUUUUAGUACUCUGUCUGAGUUGUGUAUGGCUGUGUCUGAAGAGGAGAAUCAGCAAGUAUCAGGCAAACCUCCCUCCAGCUGGGACCAGUGAGAGGCUGGAGGCUCCACAGUACGAGGAGAUCCAGCUCCCCACUCCCUCUGCUGCUCCGCUUCAAGAGUGUGUUUAUUACAAAAUUCAGCUUCCUCGCUCCACACUACCUCAAAGCUGAUGGACACACCUGUACAGGUGGAUGAUACCUGCUGGACAGAGGUCAGUCUGAUAACUGAAGACUUGCUGCUCCGCCGCUCGUAGGAGGAUUUAUUUUUUCCUCUCUGGUUUGAGUUGUUGGACCAAAAGUUCUGAAUCAAAAUUUUCCACAAACUUGAUGAAAGUGCUGCAAGAUUAAUUUUAGUCAGAGACAAUCUGCUUUGCUUCUGAGCUGAGAUGGACCCAAGAAUGUGACAACCUUUAGCCAAACCUGCUUUAAGGUGCUUCAGGAUUUAACACCAUAACUCAAUGCUGCUGUGAAAACCUGUAAAUAUGAAACUCCAACAUUUAAUAUUUAUUUGUUCUCUUAUAGUUUGUAUCUGUUUAUCAGUUUUUGUUGUUUUGUUUCAGCUGUUUUGUUGUUUAUGCUAUUUUGAAAGCACAGAUUUUAAACACAGUCUCAUUCCCUAAAAGGUCAGCAUGAUGAUGAAGUAUGACAACAGAAAGCUGCAUUUUACAAUUAAAUGUCAAACAGAAGUGAAACCAGGACAAAGACAAAAUAUCACAUGUUGACUGUGAGAAAUGUGAUUUUUGAAAGACAUAUUUUUUUUAAUUUGUUGCAGCAUCAAAUUUAAAAAUAAUGUUGUGAGAAGCUGUCAAAAUUACUGAGCCGUCCAUUUUCCUCUGCUUAUCCAUUUUAAGUAUGCAGGAGUCUAUACCAGCUGUCAUAGGGCUAAAGGAGGGGUACACGCUGGACAGAUCACCAGUCUGUCACAAUAACAUGUAACAAAAUUAAAUGUGUUUUUUUAAAGCAUCCCUGGUAAACACUGAAGUUCUCCAGAAAGACUUUGUUCACAAAUAACUAAUCCAUCCACAUUAAUAAUCUCAGUUUGAACAUUUGGGCUGUUGAUUUAAAAUCUAAGAUUAUAUGGUCUUUGCAAAUUAUUGCAUAACAGGUUUGUUUUAGUAUAAGAAUAUGUAAAAGAACUUUCUACAUACCUGUGGCAUUAUUCUUUUGUUCUGUGAAAAUACACUGCGAUCAUUUUCAGUUUGAUUACAGCAUUUAUUUUUGGUUUAGGCAUUCGUGUAGUUAUUUAACACAAAUAGAACUUGAGUUCACACCAGUGAUUUGUUUGUUUGAAAGAGAAAAUGUGGUUUGAAGUAUUUCUUUGUAAUGUUUAAUAUGAACCUAUUAAACAUUUGAG